AACAUAGCCACAAAGGCACAAACCCUUAACUAUUCAUAAACCUCUGAAAUCGAUUAUUCAUAUUCGUAAUAAUCAAUGGCUGUUGUAUUUUCUUGUUCGAACAUGAUCACCCAGCUCAGAAAUCACCACUCACCGUCGCUAAAGACUGCUGCUUUUUCAAAUGGGGUUUUUGUAAACCCCAUCAAUUUCAAGAUUGCUUCAAGUUUCACGCGUAAAUCAUCGCCUUUCGCCAUCAAAGCUUACCAGAAUGAAUCGCUCAGAAAUCACCACUCACCGUCGGUAAAGACUGUUGCCUUUUCAAAAGGGGUUUUUGUAAACCCCAUCAAUUUCAAGAUUGCUUCAAGUUUCACGCGUAAAUCAUCGCCUUUCGCCAUCAAAGCUUACCAGAAUGAAUCGCUCAGAAAUCACCACCCACCUUCGGUAAAGACUGUUGCUUUUUCAAAAGGGGUUUUUGUAAACCCCAUUAAUUUCAAGAUUCCUUCAAGUUUCACGCGUAAUUCAUCGUCUUUCGCCAUCAAAGCUUACCAGAAUCAAUCGGACCAAUCUCCGACCGAAGUCCAACCGAAGAGAAGCACGGCAACACCAACUAACCCUGAAGUCGACAACUUUAAGGAACCCGAAGAGGAACCGCAAUCCUUAAAACUUGCUAAGGCAAAGGCGAAGGCAGCCACAGCCUUACAAACAUCAAUGGAUUAUCAACAAGUUCUCAAGUAUCCCCUUGUUACCGAAGCUGCAAUACAAUCGAUCAUCAAAGAGAAUACGUUGGUUUUCAUGGUGGAUGUACGCGCAAACAAGAAAGACAUUCGGAACGCCUUUGAGAACAUGCUUAAAAUCAAGACCAAGAAAAUUAACACGUUGAUCAACUACGACGGCACCAAAAAGGCUUACAUACAGUUGCCUCCUGAAAAUCAGGCUGCUACGAUCGCCAAGAGACUCAAAAUAUUGGCUUGAUUGUUUUUUCGUACGGAGACCAGAUUUGUGUAUAUAACCAAGGCGAUUGAGGAUGAAGGUGUUGAGCAUGUAAGUUAAAACUUUUUUUUGUUUUAAGAAUAUAUUUUAGCGCAAAACUCGGCGAUUUUGGAUCUUGAUCUUGCUUCAUGUUAUUAAUCAUGUUGGUUGUAUUAAAAUCAAAUACGGUUCCUCUA